GACAUUACCAAUACACCUGAAUGUGCGUGCUUUACAGUUAAUCUUGCAUUUACCAAAAGAAAAAAAGUGUUGAAAAGCACGAAAGCAGUCUUCUUCGUUUUUAAAAAACUCUGUGUAUUGUUGCCCUCUGGUUUAGCAAACAUUCUUCCUCAUUGCGGAACGCGUCUUUUUUCCUCCAAGUUCGAUUGUAUUGUUUAUUUUGUUGUGGCUGAGGCUGAACGUAGAGGACGCCAAGUGAGACGGCGACAUUUGGUUUCAGCUACAGCUGACGCUGUUUGUACUCUCUCUCUCCACUGUUUUUUGUUGACUUCUCUAGCUUCAUCUCCCGCCACGCAUAAAGGCUGGCGUGCGGUGAGGAAAGGCGAACUGUUUUGCAAUUCAAUACCAAAAAGUAUAUUUCAAAUCUACUCUAAUUUAUCGUCGCUGUCGUUACGGCGUUUCUGUAUCACUCCGUCUUCUGCUGCUGCUGCCGCCGCUGCUGCACGAGGGCUUUCGCACUUUCGUGUGUCUUUAUGGUAAUAGCUACUCUACGAAAACGAGCCUUGAAUUCUCGUAGAGGACGCAGAGAGGAAUGAGGUCGGCACGUCGGAGUAGCGUUCAAACGCCGUCGGUGCGGACGAGCUCCUCGCACCUCAGCACAAUCGAGCCGCGUGGCGUCCCCGAGUUUGAUCGCGACUACGCCCGUCAGCUCAGCACCGCGAAGCGUGGCCGCACCGGUAGCGUCACACCCUCACCGCGUGCAGGGUCACCACACGAAACCACUGUGGACGAGCUCAGCAUUAGCCACUUCCCCGCCUCUGCCGCCAAGGCAGCGGCGGCGGCGAGUCGUAUUAAGGAUUACGUGACCACGCAUGUGACGCCGCCACAGCCGUUUCAACACAGCACCUCUCCGCGCCAGAGUGAGAAUAUGAACAGCGACGCUGCCACUCCGAAGAACAUAAGCCUCCACGACAGAUCAGCAAACUCAAGGAGUACUCUCUUUGCCGAUGAAGACGGUGCAGUGGGGUCCACUUCCCCUCCUAAGCCGGAUAGUCUUAAUUCCACCCGCCGUGGAAUGGAUGUUUUCCCACGUGAUGCUGCGAAGUUGGAUUCUCUGCACGACAGCGGGCUCGUGCUUGCGGUGAAGACUGUGGUACUCUGCGUAGCUGUCUUUUUUGUGCUUCUGUGCGCGGUGUCGUUUGUUGUGUCGUCAGACACAGACUACAUCCCGACGUACUUUAGCGCGGGCGGGAGCGCAGAUAUUUCUGCCCCGCAACGUUCUGCCGCUGCGUCGCCGCGACCGUUCCCCGAUCGCAUGAUCCCGCAACUGAAUCGCCAAAUUGCGCUGCACACACGGCACACGCUGGGGCAGCUGGUUCACGUAUUAGGGGUGGUGAGGGUAGCGCAUCUCGUGGGCCGCGUGCUGCACUGCGUGGGGAGACUUUUCACGAGAGUAUGGAUGAUAGUAAAGGAAGCCAUUCUCUCGCCGAUUGCGAUGAUGCUGCCGAGGGUCGACGUGGGCGCGCACCCAACGCUGCGGAACACUUUCUCCAACUCGACGGAGGGCGGGUCGCAGGGUGGCACCGUCGUCAGCCCCGUCGCCCGCGCACUAACGCAGCUUGCUACGAAGCCGGUUUCUAUUCUGUGGCGCACCUUUUGCUGCAUGGGGCGUUUGCUGACGCGGUCCAUUCACCGUUUCUCCGUUCCGUUAACGGGCCCAAAUAUGUCGGCGGCCGGUCGUCUCCGUCAUUACCACCCCACCGCACCCGUGCAGGCGACCCCCCGGCGAGGCAACACCCGUGUGAUGUCGCGGGCCACCGCGUCGUUCUUGCUGACCAUUUGGCGGCCGCUGCAUCGGGCGUGGACGUUUGUGGUGCCGUUGGCAGGAGAGAACACCACCCCGCCGUCCGACAACAGGUCUGCGUCUCUUCCCAGUGUGACGACUGCGGAGACGCGAAACGCAUCGGGCGCACAAACACCGUUCGCAGAGCAGGCACGACCCCAACAGCCUCGAGCAAACGCACCCACAGAAAAGGAAACAACGCCGACAACGAAGCAGUUGACUCCCCUUACAAAGGUGCGUACCACACACACGCGCCGCCUGUCGGGUGAGUUGUGGCCGACCCUUCUGUCACGGCACGGCGACAAACUCAAGCAACUCGCACACGAUGAUCUGCAGAGCUUGUUCGGAAAUGAUGCUGUCGUCGAGGACGUGGAGCUGCGUUCCGGCAGCCUUGUCGUUGACUUCGCCGUGGUGGCGCUCAGCGCGCCGUCAGAACAGGACAAGAGUGAGACUGAGCUGCAGCGCGCCAUCCAAUCGAAAAGGGACGCGCAGUUCGCGAAGGGCCGCUUUACUCGCCUCCAGGCCUUCUACAAGGAGGAAGCUGCAAAAAUAAGUCAGGAAAGAGGUACCAUGGAGUCUGCCGCUGCUGCUACUGCUGCUGCUGCUGCUGCUGCUGCGAAGUGCGACAACCUUGUGUCUUCGUGUCAACAGGACUGUGACGCGCUUCAUCAGCAGCUGAAAGAGGACGUGCGCACCUGCGAGGCGGUCUCGGCGGCGGCGGUGGAGAAGUGCGAGACGAAUCGGGUCGCAGCGCUGCAUGACGCGGAGGCGGUGCUGCAGGAACAUCUAGCGGCAGAGAAGACGUGCCAGUCACGCGCGUCGGAAUGCGCAACGAAGCUCGCCGACGCAGAGAAGCUGCUGGAAACGUACGAAGCCGAGAAGCGGGACAGUGCGGCAACGCUCACGGCGGCACAACAGGCCCUGGCGGCGGCCACCGUCGGGUACGCGAAUGAGUCCGAGGCGGUGCGGCAGCGGUGCUUGAUGGAGGUGGCGAAGGAGAAGCAAAGCUGUUCCAAGCAGAUUCAAGAGGUGCGAGGUUCCUUAGAAGCCGAUCACGCAAAAGACAUAGAGUUGAAGCGGAGAGAGUGCGAGGCAGAGGCGCUGAAGGUGGGAGAGCAGACGUGUGCGAAGCGUCUCACGGAGAAGCAGGGCAGACUCAACGAGCAGUGCCAGUCUUCGCUGCGGCACGCAGAAGCGCUCUGCACGGAGCACCUCGCACAGAGGGUGGGCGAAGUGAACCGCAGUUGGACGGCGGCGCUGGAGGAACUCCAGCAGACAAUGGACACCUCUGCGACGGUUGCGGCGCAACGCCUUGCCGCGUGCGAGGCAUCCAAUGCCCAGGCAAAGACAAACUGGGAGGCGGAACAAGAAGAUCUGCAUGCCGCCUGCACCGCACAGGUCACGGCAGCACAGGCAACGUGCGGAGAGGCGGAGCGCCAGGCAGCGGCAGAGGGAUGCGCGAGGCGGCUGGCCGCCCUGAAGGAAGAGUUGCAGGCAUCGUGCAGCGCGGCAGUGCAGCGAACCGAGCUAAGCUGCAAAGCACAGCUGCUGAAUGAUGUCGCAGCCUUCAACAGCAGUGCUGCAACGGCACUGGCCAAGCUGCGCGAGACCGUCGACGCAACGAAGCGAGCCGCCGAGGAGCGCGGCGCCGCGUGCAUGACGCUGCGAGAAGUGGAAAGGGCAACGUGUGCGACGCAUCAACAACGUCUGAACGCGUCGUGCACGGCGCAGCUGAUGAGCGCGCAGGAGGCAUGUGAACGCAGCGUGCAGGAACGAGUGGAGGCAGAGCGGGCGACGCAGCGGCAAAUUGCAGACGAAAGCUGGAGUCGCCAGGUGGCGGUGCUCACGACGCAGUGUGACCACGAAACGCACCGCGCCGUGGCGGAGGUGACUGCAAAACUGCAGGCGCAACACACCGCGACACUGCAGGACACCAAAGCCUCUCUGCAACAGCAGGCGGAACAGGAACGAAAGAAGACGAGGGAAGCGUCCGACAAGGAGCGGGAGGCUUUCCGCCAGCGUUACGCCGGGGAACUGCGCAGAUGUGAGGCGCAGACUUCUAGUUGUGUGGCUGAACGCCGUGCUGCUCAGGCUGCGCAGGAGGCGACCGCCGAGGAGUCCCGGAGGCAGCUCUUCGUCUACCUCGCCGACAGCGGCGAAGGCGCGUGCCUUCACUUGACGCACGGUGACAAAGCUGGUUGCGCCGCAGAACGAAAGACAAUUGAGGCGAGACUACACGCCCUCCCAAUCACCGCUACGCCACUGGAGGCGCUCUCCAGCCUGCUUUUCGACAGCAGGUCCGCUUCUUCUUCCUCCCCUUCCUCAGCGCCGGGCCAGCUGACGUGGAGCUUCGCGGACAGCGGUCUGCGGUCUCUGACGCAACCGGAUCGGCAGGUGGGAAAGGCCGCCACACCGUGGCUGCACGUGACUGGUAUGGUGGUCGGCCUUGCCUCGGCCGCCUACGCGCUCUUCCGCCGCCAGCGGGACCGACGCCUCUACAAGGACACCAUUGCGCAACUCAACGCGCUCAUCGACGCCAACGCGGUGACGAUGGCUGUUCGCUCCGCCCGGCCGCCGCUGCCGCGCCGUGGCCGCAUUGGCACUGCUGCAGCCGCCUUUACGGACGACGCACCGGCGAGUUGGGCGGUGGCGGCGACGUGUCUGGAGGCGUGCACCGACGCCAUCGUGUCUUGGCAUUCCACCAGCUGCGCGGUUCUCUUUGAGCAGGAGUCGAAGGCGUUGCUGCAGCAGCACUACGGGGUGCAGCACAGCGCUCUAUCCUCCAUCUCCCCCUUCAAUUCGGCGCUGGGGCCCCAGCCGCCCACCAGCGUCGUCUCGGCUUCGACGCUGCCGCUGUCGGACCUCGACGCCUCUCGCGCGGACACCGCCCACGCCGUGUCGCAGAUGCACGAGGCGUUUGUGCGCAUGUACUACGACGUUCUGGAGAUGUACUACGUGGACCUGCUCAACGCCGUAGCGAACAGGGAGCUGGCGGAGAGUCAGCUGCAACAGACGGAGUCGGUCGCCGCGCGGCAGGCCACCAUCCUCCACAAGCAGUCUGCCGCCGUCGCGCAGUUGAGGCGUGCGCUGGCGGAGAAUGAAAAGGAGCUCGCCCGGCGCGGCACCACUCCGGGGAAUGUUGGCUGCGUUGGUGGGGCAGAAGACAAACUUGCAAAGGAGGAGCGCAAGACGGCAGCCCAACAGGCCAUGAUCGCCCUGCUGGAAGGACAGCUGCAAGUCAGCAGAGAGGAGUUAGACCGGGCACGCGGCGGGGUGCAAACACCAGGGCGGACACCACGCAGCGAGGCCGGGGCAGAGAGCUCCACCGCGAAGCAGGUGCUCUCUCUCCAAGAACUGGCCGAUGCGGAGAACGACGGCACCAACUCCUCGGACUUCUCCAACGCCGGCCACCCGUCGCCACGCCGUCCAACUGGCGCGUCCUCUUCUAAAAGUCAACUCACCCCAUCCGCCAGGCCUGGCCAGCACACUGACCCGCCCGUGAGUCGGCGCAGGACGACAGAGGCGCAGAGAACAACGCCGUCGUCCGCGAUGAAGAAGCCGACAAGCAUGAUACGUGAUCCGGAGACAACUCGCCGCUACCACAAACUGCGGUGGAACGACGAGUCGGGUGGCGAGUAG